AGGGUUAAUGCGCUUUGUACGUACGAUCAGCUUCGUAAGGCUGGACGAGCAGGAUGCUCAACAGACGGUAGCCUACUGCUGCUCCUGGAUGAAGGCUCUCUCACUUGACGCUUGCUUCAUAGUCCGCCCAUAAAGUACUGCAUCUCCGAAGAACUCCACAGACCGCGUUCGGGCGAGCCCACGCGACACCAACGCAGGAGCAGGAAUGAGCGCCAAGCCUCAGUCAUAAUGGUACGAUGGUCCAAUCAUUCAUACAUGUAUCCAUCAGUCUCGCCCUUCUCGCCAGACUCGUUCCACACUCAGAACCGCGAUGCAGCAUGGACCACCGGCAGCUUGCUGUACAGCACCAAUCAUGCAGCACCGCAUAAAGCAGCACCGCACAAAGCAGGACCGUAUCGUGCGCAGCAGCCAGCAGCUUCGACUGACAGAGAGAGAUAUAUUCGCUCGCCGGGCAGAAAGGAAGUGCUGAAGUGGCGAGGCGAGUCGAGACGGGUCCGUGCCGAGGCGUAUCGGCGGCAUGUCCAGAACCCUGUGUUUCUUCCUUCUCAAUUGCGAUUGCUGACGCCUGGACACCGUCCAGUACUACGCCGAUAUCUGUACGAAGAACGUCUCCGAGAGCAGACCAUUAGGUCAAUAUGAGGCAAGUGCCUGUCAACGGUAGAAUGGAGCUUGCCCGCAAAAGAAGGCCCAGCUCAUUGCGCCAGACUAUAGGCAACCCAUUGGGUAUUACGCUGGCGCGUCAGGGCUUUAGUAGCAGUCGAGAUACCCGCCUGCAGUUAGUCAUACUCUGAUUGUGGCGAUACAAUGCCUGCGGGAGCAGUUGUAUCGGAUUGUAAUGUCAACAGACGUUAAGGACCUCCGACCGUCGUUGCCUCAGGCAUCAACCAGUGACGAGCCGUAC